UUACAGUGCAAAUAUGGAGAAUUGAAACAGGUACUAGACGACGUGAUAAAGUCCAACGUGCUCCAAAUCCAGUCGCUAAACGUGAACGCUUGUUGUAUAACUUGUCCGGUGAAUCCCAAAGGUUCAUUGGGUAUUCGAAUGCCGUUCUUGACGUUGUUGGUGAAAAACCUCGGUCAAUAUUUUACGUUCGAAAUUACGAUUUUGGACAGCGAAAACAUUCGCCGACGUUUGCGCAUGAGCAACUACCAUUCGAUCACAAAGAAAAGCACGUUCAUGAUCACGAUGCCGAUGUGUAUGGAAGAGGGUUGGAACCAACUGAACCUGAAAUUGGCUGAGAUCACAAGCUUCUCAUUCAAGACGACCUACGUAGAGACGGUUCGCGUCCAAGUGCACGCCAACUGUCGGCUGAGAAGGAUAUAUUUCAGUAACCAGCAGUACAAAGACGACGAACUGCCGAACGCAUACAGGAUGCACAGGACCGCAAUCGUACGACAGAAACCGAAGAGCAUGCUGAAGAAAAAGGGGGGAUCCGUUGAAAAAAAAUCGACAGUUGACAAACCGUAG